AAAGGCAGUCACUGCUGCGGCUUGGUUGACGUGCAGAAGGAGACAGAAACUGUGCUGCAGUUUACGGACACCCACUUUCAGACGGUUCUCGUGUUUUCCUGGCGCUAAACGGUCUUUUUUAUGCAGACAACGGAACCAAACUGACAUCGAGGAAAGACCCAAAUUUGGCCCUAAUAAACUGUUCUCGGUCCUCUGAGUGAGAAAAAGCGGGGCUGCUCGGAGAGAGGAAGCAUUGAAACAGGUGGUGAGGCAUUCAGCGGCUCAACCGUGGAUCUUCACAGGGCCUCGCCACAUGGGAGUGGGCUUCCGCACUCAUAAGGGUCUGUGUUUGGGGCUCCCGCCGUCCCGUCGCCCACUUUUGCUGGACCGACAUGGCCGGUGGCAGAGAGCGGAAAGAACGACCACAGAGGCCAUGGUCGGUGUACCGGGCCAACACCUUCGAGCUUUCCAGCGAGAUGAUUGGCCUGGUACUCGCAGGAAAUGGUCAAGAUCCAGACGAGCCUGUUUUGGAGUUCAGUGUCGCCUGCACCGAACUGGCCACUCCCUCUUUGGAGCGAAAACCAAACAGCUUUGUAGCAGUGAGCUGCACAACCCCACCACAGGCCUUCUGGACCAAACACGCCCAGACCGAAAUCAUAGAGGGCACCAGUAACCCCAUGUUCCUCAGUAGCAUCGCCUUUUUCCAGGACUGUAACAUCAACCCCCAGACGCAGGUCAAGCUGGCUGUGUACGACGUAAAGGACCGCUCGCAGGGGACGAUGUACAUGUUGGGGUUUGCACUUUUUGCUGUGAAGGAACUUCUGCAGGAGAAAGGCCACAGAUUAGAGCUUGAAUUGCGAUCGGCAGAGAACCAACGCGUUGGGAAGGUCACCAUUGCGGCGUUGCAGAUGGAGGACAGGGCUGAUCAUAGGAUGUCUGUUAGAAAUCUGCCAGAGAGCAUCAAUGGUCGAACGGUACUUUCCGUCGACGAGAGCCUGACUGAGUCGAUGGGAGCCCGGAUUAAAUACGCCUCGCUGUCUAAAGACAGCCUACUUCGCUCAGUGUUUGGAGGAACCAUGUCCAGGAUGUACCGCUUCCCAACCACUGACGGAAAGCACUUGCGCGUCCUGGAGCAGAUGGCCGAGAGCGUCCUGUCCCUCAACAUUCCUCGGCAGUUUGUCAAGCUGCUGCUGGAGGAGGACUUCACCAGGGUGUGUGAGCUGGAGGAACUGGGAGAGUUAUCGCCCUGCUGGGAGACUUUGCGACGGCAGAUUGUGUCCCAGUACCAGUCCAUAACACUCGCAUAUCAGGAAACGCUAUCUGACCUCAACAGCUACAGAGGUCCCUCCUUCAAAGCUAGCAACCUGAAAGCAGACAGGAAGCUGGAAUUCAUGCCAACCAACCUCCAUGUGCAGAGGAUGAGGGUGCAGGACGAGCUGGGCUUCAAGCACACCUACGAUGUCAUAACGAUCGGCGCUCCGGCUGCUCAUUGCCAGGGAUUUAAAAGUGGUGGCCUCAGGAAGCUCAUCCAUAAGUUUGAGGAGGCCAAGAAACACGUUUGUGAGGAGGAAUGCAGCGCUCUCUCCAGCUCACAGUCCAUCGUCUACAUACCCCAGGACAUCGUCCGAGCCAAAGAGAUCAUUGCCCACGUCAACACGCUCAAAACUCAGGUCAACUACUACGCUGAGAGGCUUUCUCGAGCCGCCAAAGACCGAUCGGCUAGCGGGCUGGAGAGGACGCUGGCUAUCCUGACGGAUAAGACUCGUCAGCUCGUGACGGUGUGUGACUGCAAAUUGCUGGCUUCGGCCAUCCAGGCUUUGAACGCGGCGCGGCCCGACUACAUUGCCUCCAAAGCGUCGCCUACCACCGAACCAGAACAAGUGGUCCUCCGCAACGAUCAGGACACUCUGCUGGCCAAGUGGAGCGGCUGCAACAGUCGAUCUUCGCUGCAUGUGGACUGGCACGAAGAGGAGUGGGAGAAGGUUUGGGUCAAUGUGGACAAGUCUCUGGACUGCAUCAUCCAGCGAGUGGAUAAGAUGUUGCAGAAAGAGAGGAGACCCAGCAGCAGUAGUCUGGACAGUACCCAGCAUGACCUGCAGGGCGGCGACAGUAGAAAAGGUGAGGAAAAACGACGGGCUUUCUGGAUCAACCCAGGAAGUUUGUCACAGGACUCAUUAUCAUCAGAACCACCACCUCCACCAUCUUCAUCAGCACCACCAUACUCUUCUUCUUCGCCUGCCCUCUCCUCAUCUGCACGACCCCCCAGCCCCGAACAAGAAAACUAUGGAAGCCCGAGUGCAGAGGAGGCGUACCCAGGUGAGUGGAGCGAGGCUCUGUACCCGCUCCUCACCACGCUUACCGAGUGCGUCGCCAUGAUGACUGACAAGGCCAAGAAGUCCAUGGUGUUCCUGCUGAUGCAGGACAGCGCCCCCACCAUUGCCAUGGACGUGUCGCUGCAGUAUCGCCGGGACAUCGUCUUCUGCCAGACGCUCACUGCCCUAAUCUGUGGCUUCAUCAUCAAACUGAGGAACUGUCUUCGAGACAACGGUUUCCUGCGGCAGCUCUACACAAUCGGACUACUGGCUCAGUACGAGUCCCUGCUCAGCACCUACGGAGAGGAGGUCGCCAUGUUGGAGGACAUGAGCGUCGGCGUCAUGGAUCUGCGGAACGUCACCUUUAAGGUCACCCAGGCAACCGGCAGCUCCGCUCCCGACAUGCUGCCGAUCAUCACGGGCAACAGGGAUGGCUUCAACGUCCGCAUCCCGCUGCCGGGCAGCAUGUUCGACGCGUUGCCGCGGGAGAUCCAGAGCGGAAUGCUGCUAAGGGUCCAGCCAGUGCACUUUAACGUGGGCAUCAACGAGCAGCAGACGCUGGCCGAGAAGUUUGGUGACACGUCCCUUCAGGAAAUCAUCAACAUGGAGAGUCUCUCCAGGCUGAACUCGUACUAUGAACAGUUCAAAGAAGUUCUUCCUGAGGACUGCCUUCCCAGAUCCCGUUCCCAGACUUGCCUCCCUGAGCUGCUGAGGUUUCUGGGCCAGAACGUCAACGCCAGGAAGAACAAGAACGUGGACAUCCUCUGGCAGGCGGCCGAGAUCUGCCGCCGACUGAACGGAGUUCGUUUCACCAGCUGCAAGAGCGCCAAAGACCGGACGGGAAUGUCGGUCACUCUGGAGCAGUGCCUGAUCCUGCAGCAUGAACACGGCAUGGCGCCGCAGGUCUUCACGCAGGCACUCGACUGCAUGCGCAGCGAGGGCUGCAGACGAGAAAACACAGUGAAGAACGUUGGCGCGAGAAAAUACGCCUUUAACUCGUUCCAACUCAGGGCCUUCCCCAAGCACUACCGGCCACCUGACGGCACCUACGGGAAGGUGGAAACCUGAUUGAACCAACCUGGAGGUGCUUGUCAAGAGCAUCACAUGACCUCUUUGUUUUUUUUGAAGGAUUAGACUGAGUAGAGUCAUGAUACAUUUCAGACAUUAAUAUCACCUGGUGAGAUAUUAAAAUAUUUUAGAUAUAAUUAUUUUUAUUUUUCUGGAGGUAGAGUCUGUGAUUCAACAUACACUGUACGACCACACUGAAAACGCUGAGGCAAAUCCUAUGACAAAGACUGUUUUCUGGCACAUAUACAGUAUUCCGCGUAUGUUACGUUACUCAUAAGUUGCUAAACAGUGUUUUUACCUCACUGCCUCAGUCUUUUCAAUCACUGAUAAUCGAUAUAUAAAUACCAAGCUUUUAGUUUAAGCAGAAAAAAACUCAAAAUACUUGGUAGGUUAGAAGAACGAAUUGUGUAAAAUCAAGCCUUUGUAUAUGAAUAGCUUAUAUGAAUAGAAGCACACCUAGUGCACUUAUGUAGCAUAAGUGCCUUCAAAAUGUUGUCUGAAGUGCCCAUGAGCAAGAUAUGGAUUCUGUCAUACCUUUUGUUUUGUUUGACAGAAAAGUCAGAAAAGUUGACGUCUUGUUCUUCAGUUAAAAAACAACAUAUAUUUUACCAUUUAACUAUUAGAAAGACCAAAUGAGGAGGUUUAUAUCAGAACAGUCUGAUUUGACAUAUUUUAUGACACAAGAGGGCGCCACUGUGCUUCUACCAACAUAUAAUGUCUGAGUCAGCUGCCAUCUGUGCAAAUCCAUGUACAUUUUAGUCAUCAUGGAAAGUUAGUUGUCUUUUUUUUUUCUUUUUGUUUUUACUCUGACACAGACGUUUCUCUUUUCUGUGAAAACCGGCCAUAUUUGAAAGUGUUUAUGUUGCAGUGUUGCUAAAAUAAACUACUUUUUUGUUUGUUUUA